UGUCAAACAAGUGUCAAGUGUCACUGUCAGUGUAUUGUAAUUCAUGGUUGCAUUUUGUCUUUUGUAAACCACGUGUUUAUUUUAGUUGUGGUUCAGAGCUAAGAAAUAAGUUUAAAAAUGGGUGUAAUACAAAGAGUGAAAAAGCCUACAACAAGGAAGGGGAAAAAAGUACUGCAAUCGAAGGAGCCAAAACCCAUUGAAGGGCCCAAACAAGCUCUAUUUCUCCAGGGACGCAAUCCUUCCGACCGCACACGGAAACUAUUAAAGGAUAUCUAUGAUUUGAAGAAACCUGAUGCGGCGUACCUUAGCCGUAAAAAUGAUUUUGUUCCGUUUGAAGAUCCAACUCUCAUUGAGAAGUUGUGCUACAAGAAAGAAGCAGCAUUAUUUGGAGUAGGCUCUAACUCAAAGAAGAGGCCUCACAAUAUUGUUCUUGGCCGUACAUUUGACUAUGGUAUCUUGGAUAUGAUUGAACUUGGUGCAGAAAACUACAAAGCCAUGUCAGAAUUCCACAAUAUGAAAGUGCUGGCUGGUAUCAAACCUUGUCUGGUCUUCAAUGGGCCAGCAUGGGAUUUAAACCAAGAUUUGAAAAGACUGAAGUCACUUUUCACUGAUUUCUUUCACAGAGAAAAGGUGGAAUCAGUCAGACUGCAAGGAUUGGAGCAUGUCAUCAGUUUCACAGCUACCGAUGAUGGCAACAUAUAUUUCAGAUCAUACAGAAUACAGUUAAAGAAGAGUGGUCAGAGGACACCCAGGAUUGAGUUGGAGGAAAUAGGUCCUUCAAUAGAUUUCAAACUAAGAAGAACUAGACUAGGAUCCGAUGACCUCUUCAAAGAAGCUUGCAAAGUGCCCAGAGAACUCAAACCAAUCACAAAGAAAAACAUCUCCAGAGAUGCCUUUGGUUCCAAGAUGGGUCGCGUCCAUAUGGGCAAGCAAGACAUCAACAGACUACAGACUCGCAAGAUGAAGGGAUUGAAGAAGACUCCGGAAGAGAAAAAGGCGAUGCUAAUGAAGAGGAAGAAGGAAAGACAGGCUGCGAGACAAGCACAGAAUGUAGCUGCAGAAUAAAAUACACGUUUGCUAUUCCAUUUAUGAAA